AUGCUGCAUGUUGCGAGGCUGCUUAUGCGGCCCUUCACUAACUUGAACUCUUUGGAGAUUCUUGUGCAGUGGCUGCGACUGAUAUCGUCCGGCAUGGUUAUCCUGCUGAGCGGGCUGGUGUGUCUGGCACCGUUCACUUUCCCUAAGAGCAUGUACAUGUCGAAGCUAGAUGCCUUCUCUGCUGAUAUCACCCAAGGUUUGUUCGAUGUGCUGAGACUUAACAUGGAAACUGCAAGUUUGACCAGUAUCAAUAACGGUGUCGGGUUAACUACCUCAGAACUGGUGAUCCUAACAGAAUAUACAGCACAACAGGUGCGUAGCUCACCCCAAUACAUUGUCGUGUCCCUGUAUGGUCGUUGUGAUUGCACCUUCACCACUGAACAGAUGAUGGACUCCAAAGGUAGGCUAUAUCAAGUGCAGAACUCCACAACUAUGUGUGAUUGUAUAGAUACUGGCUCUGACUACAUCUUUGAUUACCGUGAAGUGCUGUCAAACUUAGGUCUUGGGAUCAUUCUAGAUUACGCUUACUCAAAGGAUGGAUCGCGAAUGGGGUUGUCCACCAGUUACUCGAAAUACAUCAACUCGCUCAGAUCGAGGAAAGUUACAGUGACUAACUUGCUCUAUGCUAUCUUUGUCAUAGAGCUGGUCAAGUUUUGCGUCACUUUUUGGUACUAUUACAUCAAGGGAAGAUUUCUGAAUAUCUUCCUGGAACAAUUUUUAGUUCACACUUUAUCUAUAUUUAGCUUGACUGUCUUCAUAUGUGGUCUAACAAGUGUUAUUAGCCUGGCAUGGUUGAAUUACACAGUUCAAGCAAGAAUCAAAAGUGAGCUACAAAGUUUUGGUUUCUCUUACCAUCUAGGUGCAUCAUGGUUCACAUGUUUAUGGAUGCUGGCAUUCUUUGUGAGUUUAUCGUGCUUUGUGUGGUCAGGCUUGGAGUGGUGUAUCGCUGAGAAUUACGAUCCUAGGACCAGCGAUCUGAAGGAUGGAUUUUUGGAUAGAGCAGAAGAGUCGCAGUAUGAAAAUCCUUUUGAUGACGAGAAUGUUAUCACAGGUGAGGACUCAAAUUCUGCAUCGAGCAGAUCUGGAGGUAAGUUGUCUAGUAGUCAUACUGAAGACACGGGUAUCCAUGGAAGUACAUCUUACAACAACAUGACCAGAUUGGAUAGCAGCCGAAUAAUUAAAAACUUCAAGAAUAAGCAGUUCGAUGAUACAGAGGAACAGUUUGAAUUGCAGAGUAUCACUUUACGGUCGAGCACUGAUAGUGAUUCAAGUAUACAAAGAGUUAUUCAACCGUCCUCUACUAUGCAUUUCUGA